AUGCCCGGAUUCCCUCCUAAUUCACGAUGGGAGCUCAUUGACAACUAUGAUAACCACUGCGGUGGAAUCAAGUGGGCGGAUGAGAGGACCCGAGCCGCGGACGGGACGGACCUAGCCAUGGCCGUUACAACCGUCCCAAUGCAAAAGGGCAAGUCCCCUACAGACAACAAGGCUGCGAAGGCCCAUAUAUAUGUCCUCUAUUUUCAAGGAAACGCUGCAUCAAUACCACCGCGACUGCCGGAUUUGUCAUGGGUGCUUCGAAAUGUCAAUGACAGCCACAAUCCGGAUCUAGCACCUUUACAAAUAACCUUUGUUUGCCUGAGUUACAGGGGAUACUGGACGUCCCGGGGCCGACCCUCGGAGGAUGGUCUGAAGCUUGAUGCCGAAGCGGGUGCGCGUUGGAUCUCCCAGCAUCAUGAACAUCUGUAUGGAUUAGAGAGCGAGGCUCCUGUACCCAUUCUGCUGCUUUGGGGACAAAGUAUCGGUUGCAGUGUGGCUACCAACCUCGCUGCGACAGGCAGAAUACCAGCAAAUAUUCCAGUCCGGGGCUUACUCCUCGAGACUCCGUUCCUGUCGGUCAGGACCAUGUUGGAGACACUAUACCCUCAAAAGUGGCUCCCGUACAAGCACCUUUGGCCGUUUUUGCGCAACCAUUUGGAUAGCUGGGCAAACCUGGGAACCAUUGCCAGCACGGCAAAGCAAAGGGGAAGCCGACCACCAAACAUUUUCAUCCUUGAGGCCGAGAGAGACGAGCUCGUUCCCCCAGAACAUGCCGAGCGGCUGCUCGAUAGAUGUCAGGACUUAGGCUUGCCGGUUGAACGGGUCAAGUCUCCGGCGGCGUUUCACAGCGAUGCCAUUAUGAGGGUUGAAGGAAAGAGGCUGGCUGCCCUUGGCAUUGUGCGACUGACGAAGCAAGCAUUGGAUGGCGGCUGA